AAUUAUGAAUAAUCGGCCCUGCUGAUAGCAGAGGGGAAGGUGUGUGUGAUUCUUUUGUGCUUUAAUAACGUUCUGUGAUAAACGUUCCUCUACAGGGAUCAAAGGUUUGCCUGCGGAGAUUCAGCGCGAGUGUGUGUGUGUGUGUGACUGGAUGACUGGAAGGAAUCAGAUGGAGAUCAGCCUUCACACACUCAACAUCGGUGUGUGAGUUCCUCAGUUCCUCGAUCCGUCAGCAUCAUGUGUGUGAGCUCGGGCCGGGUCCGGGCCUCGGUGUCGGUCCUGCUCGCGUGUCUCGUCCUGCAGGCCUGCGGGGCCCCGGAGCCCGACAGAGACACCUGCUACUCUCGCCAGCACCGAGACGUGGGCGUGAACACUCGCGCGGCUCUGGAGCAGGAGGGAACCGUGAUGGAGGCGCGAGCGAAGCCGUCGGAGAAGGACUGUAUACUCACCUGUUGCUCUGAGGACCUGAGUCCAGGGGUGAAGUGUAACCUGGUGGUGUAUACGCCCCCGGCCCGGCCCGGGGACCAGAACUGCCUGCUGUUCCACUGUCUGAGCGAGAGGGACUGUCCGCUGACGCCGGCCAGCGCUGGAAUCAACACCUACAACAUAUUCAAGGGUUCAACUCAUCCAUUGACUAAAUCAAAUGAAAGAGUAACAGCCAAACCUGCACCCAGUGUACAGACAAAGCUGACCACGACCACAACAACACCCACAACAGCAACCAUGACUACAACAACAACAACACCCACAACAGCAACCAUGACAACAACAACAACAACACCUACACCCGCAACAACAACACCACCAGCAACAACACCACCACCAGCAACAACAACACCACCAGCAACAACAACACCACCAACAACAACACCACCACCAACAACAACAACACCACCACCAACAACAGCAACCACGACUACAACAACAACAACAACAACACCACUUGCAACAACUCCCACCACCACACCCCUGACCAGCACUGAAGAACCGCUGGCUGGGUCAGAAUCACACGUGAUGCUUGUAACCGUCGCUGUGACAACCGCACCUGUUGCCACGACAACCACACCCAUUGCCACGACAACCACCACCACUACACAGUCCACCACUACAACCACAAAAACAGCUAAAAGCACCAGCACUAAAGCGCCGCGGCCUCCGGUCAAACCCAACAGAGUCCGAAAACCCGGCAAACCUUCCAGACCAGAACCACAUCCAGUAAAGCCCGUCAGAGCGACCGCCAGCCCGACAACCACCGGCACACACACACCAGCGACUGCUACAACCACAAGAGCUACAACCACCACAACUACACCCACAACAACAACUAUAACUACACCCACAACAACAACAACUACAACUACUACAAUAACUACUACAAUAACUACAACUACUGUAACUACACCUGCACCCGCGGCUCCGCCCGCUGAGCCCGAGAGCGAGUCGAGGCGCCGGGGCUUCGGUGCUCCUGCCGGCGGCCCGGUUCUGGGAAAGCCCAAGGUGUCUCGGGUGAUGUGGAAGAACAGCCUGGUGGCCAUCGUGGUGCUCACACUCCUCUUCCUCGUGCUCAUCCUCGCCCUGGUGGCCCGGAAGGCCAUGGAGUCCUUCGACAGGCGGCACUACACUCGCCUGGAGCUCAACGACCUGCACUACGAGGUGUAG